GAAUUACAAUAGUAACUACGUGGAAACCAUGCAUAUCCUGCAUAGCAAACUUGAUGUCUUACUGAGUAUGUCACUAUAAAACCAACGAUUUGAACUAUUGGGUGGAGUGUGGGCUUAGGUCUCAAAACAGGUCACUGGCACUGCUAUUCCUUCAACUACUAUGAAUACACUGACAAUGUAAAAUUACUGAAGCGGGAUCCUCUGAUACAUUGAAUGCCUGAGCGUAAGAGUCAGAAGGUCGUAUGUAAUUAGUUAAUGGGUGGAAGGUGGAGUGAGGGUGGGCUCAGAUCUCAAAAGGUCACCUUUCCCCAGUACAAUAUGCUACUGGAACUGCUAUUCCUUUGAUCUCAGAGGUAAAAAGGCAACAAUAACAGUUUAAUACACUGACAAUGUAAAAUUAAUGUGAAUAAGGAAUGUGUGCAUUGUGGGCCCUCAGCCAUAUCUCUCUCAUGUGAGGUUCUUGAGUAGUAUAAGGUGCCUAAAUAAUAAAUAGCCUAAAGGUCAAUAGAGCAUUGUCUGUUUACCAAAACAAGGACUUUAACAUCUGUUAUGACUGUGAAUAACACUUACAUUGGUAGUGAAAAUGUUUAUCACAGUCAUGUAUUUACCCAAAGUUCAGAUUGUAAUAACAUAGGUAACCUAUGAUUCCAUUUAUGGUAUAGGGCAAUUGCGCAUAAAAUUUAGCGAUUUGCAACAUUGAUCAAAAUAUGCUAUAUGUAGCUGGUGAACGAAGCAACACAGCUUGAUAGCUAACGCGUUAUAAGUUAACAGCUAUGCAGUCUUCCCAGUUUAUAUCACCUGUUUCUGAUCGCUUUAACUGCAAUAUUUGUACCAAUGUGCUUCGUGAACCUAAGCUAACCGUUUGUUGUGGACAGCACUAUUGCAGCGACUGUUUGAAACAAUGGUUUGGCAAGCAACGCAAGGAGAGUUGUCCACAUUGCAGAGCCGAGGGGUCAAAGUUUCAACAUGUUCCCAAUCGAAGUCUCAAUAGUGAGAUAAACCAACUCAAGAUCAACUGCUCCAACCGCACACAAGGCUGUACUUGGAAUGGAGAAUUGGGUGAUCUGAAGACGCACAUGGAGUCACGCAGUGGCUGUAGAUAUGAGACAGUGGAUUGCACAAAUAAGUGUGGAACAAAAAACUGCAGGAAAGAUCUCGACACACACCUUCGCAGCUCAUGUCCACUCCGACUUGAAACUUGCCAGUACUGCAAGAAACAAGACACCCACAGGGCUAUGCAGUCACACAAAGAUGCCUGCCCCAAGGCUCCAGUCUCAUGUCCCAAUGGAUGCUCGCUGUCAAUGUUCAGGGCCUUUACUCGGGAGAAUCUACAAGCUCACCUCUCCACAUGUUCAAAGGCCCGCAAACCGUGUCCGUUUGAAGAAGUUGGAUGUACAGUUCGAGACAAACCUGACGAACUCAAAAAGCACCUUACAGCCAACCAAGCUCAACAUUUGACAAUGCUUAUGGAAUCUAGCAAGAAGGUUUUGGUGCAACUCAAAGAAACCAAGGAGGAGCUUCAAGAGACGAAACAAGAGUUAGCCAAGACGAAUAGCAAGCUUGAAAUGGAGACAGAGCUGCUAUCAUCACUGAAGAGAGGGCUAGCAUUUGAAGUGAAUGCCAUUAAACAGAGUGACACAGAAAAUGAGCGUAUUGGAGCCUUCCGUUCCAUCCAGUCAAUGCUAGAAGAGGAGGAGCUUGAAAAUCUCGAUUCUCUGAUAUUCCGAGUGAUUGAUUUUGUUAAGCACUUUCGUGAUGUUACAAUCUGGUACAGUGCUCCGUUCAUAAUCGAGGGUUUUAAAGUGUGUGUGGGUGUACACCCCAAAGGAGUGGGAGUGGGCCUGGGAACACAUGCUUCUUUCUCAUUGAUACUUCUCGAUAUCGUUUCAUCUUCCCCAAACAACGAGGACUUCACUGGAUCAUUGGACGAUAUUCGUGUUUUGGUGCCAUUAUCCAACAACCGAGUUCAUCGAUCGUUCUUGAAAGAGGUUAAAGGGGCUUUGCCGUUUGAUUUAAGUCCAUUGAAAGUUGGAGAGAAGAGGAGGAUUCUUGGGACGAUUAAAGAUUGGAUUCCACACAUCAUUGUAAAGGCGGAGCUGGAGGGGCAAUCGUUUAUGAUCAAGAUCGAGCGAGGUGGUGACUUCCACAGAGCAUUAUUUGCUAGUGCCAUGAGAGCAUCUGCAUUGAGUAUGGCAGCAAGAGAGGAUUGUCGCACAUCUUAAUAAAAUAAAAAAACUGCACAACUGACUGUAUUGUAAAAAUGUGCACUUUGUGAGCUCCAACCUUUACAUAAAUUAAUACAACGCACAAUGCUGUAGAUGGUAUUUCAAUUGGGAAUUCUCCCUCUUGUUUGUUUUGUAUAGAUAUUUGAACAUAAUUAUAUAAUUAUAUACAUACGAUGUUUACACAAACUAAUACUAUAUGCACAAUACUGUAUAUAAAGUUUCAAAUGCGAUUGUA